UCAAUCCUGGGUUCUGAUUUGAGGCACAAAUAUUCAGUCUUAAAUUGCCAUAGCUGAGGAGACCCAUUUUGCAAAGACCCAGCUCUCUUGAGAGGGCUCUGAGGGUGAGAAAGAUGGAAGGAAGGAGAAGAAGGGCCAGCAGCCCGGGGGACAGAUGAUGGAAGCACCGUGAGGAGACUGAAGGACCAGGGAGGGACACGGUCGAUGUGGUCACUAAGAGCUGACGAUGGUGCCACAGAACCAAGCGAUUCCCCUCCCAGAACCUCGGGCUCACCUGCCCUUGAGGCGGCAGAGAUGUGCCAUUCACUGGGGGGAAGCCAAGUGCUCAUGUCUCGCUGGGCUGGGAAAGUCCGCAGAGGCAGCCAGCUCAGUCCCUGGAGACAGAGCUUUGGGGUGCCGCACAGGGCUGGGCUUGGCCGGCUGCUCCCCACCCACCAGAGAGCUACUUCUGCUUUCUGCUGCCCCAGGAGAGCAUUGAGUAGACUCUGCCCGUUGUUUGUGCCUGUGCAGUUCCUUGUUCUGCUGCUCUGAUGGCUGGGGGCAUCACCUAUGCUGACCUGCGGUUUGCAAGAAGCCCUCCAGAGAAAAGCCAUGGGGAAGAGCCCAAUGAGGGAGAGCUCACCUAUGAGAACUUCCAGGUACCCCGGAGCCUGGAGAAAGAGGCGGCAGACUGUGGCCCCCUGAAGAAUACCCCAGAACUGCCAUGCUGGGCCACCUUCUGUCACCGCUGGAGACCAGUGACAAACCGCCCAAUGCUGGGAGCCCUGGCUCUGUGCCUCUUCCUUCUGGCCACCAACAUCACGCUUGGCGUCCAGUACUUGCAGGCCUCCCAGCAGCUCCAGCAAGCAUCUCAUGACCACGCAGCCAAGAGCCACAUCCUGGGAGAAAGAACCUACCACCUGCAAGCCAGCCUGGAGGAGAGGUGGUACCUGCUGCGCCUGACCCAGCAGGAGCUCAACUCCACCAAGAAGGAGCUCAACUCCACCACGGUGGCCCUUUGGCAGAGCCGGGCGGCCGAGAACCAGACCCAGCAGAAGCUGCAGCACCAGGAGCUCCUGCUGGGCCAGGCCAACCGCAGCCUGGCUCUCCUGCAGAGGGAGCGGGUGAGGCUGGAGACAGACUUCAGCCAGGCCACCUCUUGCCGACAGAUUGGGUGCUGCCCUCGUGGAUGGACGCUGUUCCGCUGGAAGUGCCUGUGGGCAUCGAGCGAGCAGAAGACGUGGUGGUGGAGCAAGUUGGACUGCGAGGAGAGGUCCUCGCAGCUGCUGGUCUUCCAGAAGCCCUGGUCGGCUCAAGAGCUCUGGGAGGCCGUGGGCGAAGCGUUCACACAGAUGUUGAGUCCCCGGAAUUCACAGCGGUUCUGGGUCGGACUUCUGAAAGACCAGGAAGCGAACUGGAAGUGGGUGGAUGGUUCCCCCUACAAAGGAAGUGAAACUCUAUCUAAUGGCUACUAUGCAAUCAUUCACAAUGGACAACUAUCGUCAGUGGGAUCAUCAUCUUGGACACCAUCUAGGACGUACAGAUUCAUCUGCGAGAGGGCAGCCAGUCCUGAGGACCCCCCACUGAGUGAUAGGCUGUGAAGGGACUUUUGAGAGACUGCAUCUCUUUGGACCGCAAACAGUCGGAUGUGGGAGAACAAACUGAAACUGAUCAUUUGGAGCUGCAGCUGAUGCUGGCCACCAGCUCCAGAGCUAGGAUGAAGCCCUCUUCCCCAGAAGUGGAUGCCUCCACUAAGGAAGCGGGUCACAGCCGGGAUCUUCCUCCUCCAGAACUGACCAUGGGUGGACAGCAGAGGCAUCCACAAGGGCUGCUAACCACGUUGAAAUGGUGGGCAUCACUAGGGGGGUCAAAAUCCCAGCCCUUUUUAUGUGCUCGGGAGCAUGCAACGUGCAUUGCAGUCCUGCUCAUGCUCACCAUUUUGACACAUGGUUCAUGGCCCUUGUAGGCAGCUCUUGAAGAGCAGCGCAAGGGAAUCUUUUCUCAGCUUUACCCCGAGGAGGAAAACGCAAAGGCCAGCUGCACCUGAGCCAAAUUGCAGGGGCCCCCUCAGAAGGCCAUUCUUGUAAGCCUCCAGAGCUUGUGAAUCCAAUAAAUUCAUCCAACAAG